UGAUUUUACCCAGAUGCGGGCUGAUCCAUCCAUCCACUGCGGAGUGAGAGAGCUUUACACGUCAAUAGAUAAAGAAAGGGAGGCCAUUAGAGAAAGACUACAGAGUAACCGCCGGAGAACGGAAGGGCGUAGCAGCGAUGAAGAUCCUGGUCGCCGUCAAGCGGGUCAUCGACUACGCCGUCAAGGUCCGCGUCAAGCCCGACAAGAGCGGGGUGGAGACGAGCAACGUGAAGAUGUCGAUGAACCCCUUCUGCGAGAUCGCGCUGGAGGAGGCCCUGCGCAUCCGGGAGUCCGGCGCCGCCAAAGAGGUCGUCGCCGUUACCGUGGGCCCCGCCCAGUGCGCCGACACCCUCCGCACCGCCCUCGCCAUGGGCGCCGACCGCGCCGUCCACGUCGACGCCGGGGCGGCCCCCGUCCUCCCGCUCUCCGUCGCCAAGAUUCUCAGGGCCCUCGUCCAGGUGGAGCAGCCCGGACUCUUGAUUCUGGGCAAGCAGGCUAUUGAUGAUGACUGCAACCAAACAGGACAGAUGGUAGCUGGACUGCUGAAAUGGCCACAAGGAACAUUUGCUUCGAAGGUUGUAUUGGACAAGGAAAAACAAGUAGCAACAGUGGAAAGAGAAGUCGAUGGUGGUCUUGAGACUCUCUGUCUAGAUUUGCCUGCAGUAAUCACCACGGACUUGAGGUUAAAUCAGCCAAGAUAUGCGACACUCCCCAAUAUAAUGAAAGCUAAAUCAAAGGUCAUCAAAAAAGUUACUCCUGAAGAGUUAAAUGUGGAGAUUAAGUCAGAUCUAGAGGUGGUUCAAGUCACUGAACCUCCUAAAAGGAAAGCUGGUGUUAUCGUUUCCUCCGUGGAUGAGCUCAUUGACAAGUUGAAGAAUGAAGGUCGUGUCUUGUAACAUUUUGAACUGCAAGUAGAUACUAUGAGUGUACUGCGUCAUACCACGCUGGUCCAUGAGUGUUGUGGUGUAAGAAUCAUCCCCUUGAUCUCUUAUCAGUGGCUUGAAAGCCUUAUUCAGCUUCACCGGAGAAAAAUUUCUUAUUUUUGUAGGCAACAAGGAGCACAUCAAUGAUAUUAGUGCAACAACAAAAAACUGGCAGCGGGCAGGAUAAAUAUAAUUUCAUGCUUGAGUUGAGGUAAACUUAAUGUCAAAUGCCGUGAUGCUCGAAGGACCAAGCAUGGGAAUGCAUCACCGCUGUUCUUAAUUCUGUGAUCCAGAUAGACUGAAAUAAUGUGAUCCUGCAGCAGGAUUGGAGAAACAUGUUAUGAUCUUAUGCUUACCUGGCUACAUUCUUAAAUCAAACUCAGGAAGUUCGUACGAGACUGCCUUCAAUGAAGCUUAUGGCAGACGCCCAGGAUAAUGUGUGAGUUUCUAUGCUGACUUGGUACAGAUUCGAAGGAACACAUUCUUCAUGGCCAUCUAACAAAUUAGCCAUCCAUUAAGUGUUAUGCAAGUGUUCUAUAUUAGGCUUGAUGAUAGGAAAAUAUGUUUUCGCAUGAUCAUUGUUGUACUCCUGCAUGAAGUUCCAAGUCCAUGGAGAACAGAAACAAUUUUUCGAGUAUAGGUGUAUUGAAUCAUCGCUUGCGACAGACGCAGCUUAGUUCCACCUUUGUAUUGUCAUAUUGAGAAUGGUCAUGAGAAAUGACUUACAGCUGGGAGAAAUUGAUCAAAUAUAGGGAAGGCUAGCUUGUUAGUGGAUU